AUGACGACAUUAAUAGACAAAUGUCGUGCUGUAAGCAGAAGAACAAAUAGUAGUUUUGCCCACCUAGUCGACAAAUGCGUGGCCAAUUUCGGGAUACUGUCGGACGAAAACGAUCAUGUAUCUAGUGCGAUCAAGCUAUCAUGGAUCAGACAAAUUCGUGAUGCGGAGGCGUUAGACACUCCAGAGUCUAUGCAACGCUAUGUUCGUUGUCACAUAUUCUGCUUGAUUGGGACCACUUUAUUUCCUAACAAGUCGACGUCGUUGGUGAGCUACAAGUACUUGCCCUUGUUGAGGAAUUUUGUGGAAAUCAGUUCUUACAGUUGGGGAUCAGCGUGUUUGGCAUAUUUGUAUAAGUCGUUGUGCCGGGCCUCGAAUUAUGAUACGAAGGACAUGGAUGGUCCACUAGUGCUGUUGCAUGUCUGGACAUGGGAGCGAAUGCCUUGGCUAGCUCCAAUUCCCGCAGGUGGAGUAUUUUCGUUGGCACGAAGAUAA